CAAAUUUCUCUGCCUCAUAAUGGAGGAAGCGCUAAGCCCCAGGCAAAGGGCGCCAAUGUUAAACCGUCUCCAGUCACCGACCAGUUCGUUCUUCUUAGGCUCCAACAACGACCAACUAGAACGUGCCCAGGCACGCGCCGCCGCACGUGCUGCCGCCGUCCGUCGCUGUCUCACCGUUGUCCCUCCCCCUACUCCUCCUCCUCCUUCAGAGACUUGCCUUAGCAAAGACCAGAUCAUCGAGUUGUUCCAAAACUGCAUUAAACUCGCUAGCGAAAAUAAAAUAAACCAGAAGAAUACUUGGGAAUUGAAGCUUAUCGAUCAUCUUAGCGAGAUCAUAAAAGUAGAAGCGGCUGAAGGUGAUUCAGAGACUAAUUUCCAAAAGGCAAGUUGCACAUUGGAAGCAGGGGUGAAAAUUUACUCUUUCAGGGUCGAUGCUGUGCAUGCUGAGGCGUAUAAGGUCCUUGGUGGUAUCCAUCGAGCUGGCCAAGAAGAUGAACAAGAGACUAUCGUGGUGGGUGACAACACAAAUAACAGGGAGGAGCGCAGUUGUAACAAGAAAGAGUCUGAGAGGAAGAUCUCGCCAGUAUCAACACUGGAGUCUUCUUUUGAAGCUCUUAAUGUCAAAAAGUUUGAUGUUGCAUUCGCAGUGGAUCCUCUAUAUCACCAAACAUCUGCACAAUUUGAUGAAGGUGGAGCAAAAGGUCUUCUCUUGAAUAAUCUUGGUGUGUAUGAAGGUUGUAGGGUACUUUUUGAUUCUUUUAAAGUGCCUGGGAAGUGCCAAUCAGGUGCACUUCACAACAAUAACUUGGAUAUUAUUGAUAUCUCAUUUGCCAGAGAAUCUGUUGAGAAGAUGGUCACAAACAUGCUUGCAAAGAAUGAAAUUUGUCCAACUUUAAAAGUCAUUGUUUGCCAUUUUGAUGAAGAUAAUCAAAGGUCAUCUGAGACAUUUGAUGUAGGCCAAAAAUGUGAUAUCAGAGUAGACACAGCUAAUGCUUAUGAAGCUGAAUCGGAUGAUACCUUACUUGAAAAUUAUGAUGCUUGUAUCUUUGAUCAUGAUGAGGUGUCAAGUGGUGUUAAUGAGGGCUCCAAUUUUGAUCGUACCAUUCAUGACCACCAUGAGGAGAAUGAUACUUAUGCUUCUUACGAACCUGAUGUUGGGGACAGAUUUGAGGAUAUUGCCAAGUUUCUGUUCCCAGGGCUGGGAUUUUCUUCAAACCAGAAUGCAUGGGCGGGUCCUAAUCACUGGAAAUAUCAGAAUUGCAAAGGUUCAGAGGAUAAUCCUGCUACAAAUGCUGAAUCAACCUCAAUUACCAAGAGACCAAAAAGCAAAAACCUGAAAGAAGUUGAUGUUGAUUUCACAAAAAGCUUGGACAAAGAAAUGCCUGAUAUCUUUGCACCCCCCAAAAGUCCAACGCUUUUGCUGCUACCUGCAAAUAGAGUACCAUGUAAUAACACACUUCCAGAAGAUUGCCAUUACCAACCUGAAAGUCUUGUCAAGUUGUUUCUUCUACCUAAAAUUAUGUGUCUGGGCAAGAGAAGAAGAAAAUGGUCAGAUGAUAGUGCAUGUCAACAAAACAAUGAUUUUGAUGAAGCACUGCCAUCAUGGGAUAAUAAGAGCUCGCUUGGUAGUCAGUUCAAUGAUGGAUGUGUUUAUGAUGAUGGGGGAAACUUGGAUGAACUUGUCUCUCAGCCUCGCCAGGUAAAUAAAAUUGAAGUUCAGUAUGACAAAACUUCUAAACAAGUUGAUGUGCAUGCAUUAAAGGAGUCACUCUGGGAUCACAUGCAAGGAUCUCUUGAAGUAGCUGAAGUGGUGGACAAAGAUGCAUUGUCUUUCAAACAUGUGCUUGCUACAUUUCCCUUCAAUUGCCAAGCUGCAGCUACAGAGGAUCUUUCGCCCCAUUUGUGUUUCAUUUGUCUGUUGCAUUUAGCUAAUGAGCAUGGCUUAAGCAUCCAAGAUCAUCCCAGUUUAGAUGAUCUCAGUAUACAUCUUCCUGCUUCAUGGCAAAGCACAGAUUCUGUGGCAUAGGCUUCAUCAUAGCCUAGAGCUCAUCUUUGGGUACAUGAAUUCAUCAGGGGGUAGCAUGGGUCUCUUUAUGCCAAAUUUUUUAGGCCUAUAUGCUAUAAAGCAAUGGAACUAGAACAAAAAAAAGAAAAUGUAAGUAAAGCAUUCUUGUAUCAUAUUGUGAUUGCUGCAUGCUAUUGUGUCAUCUUAUGUGCCUGACUUGUUUAUACGUAUUAUGUGAAUAUAAUCUUGAAUUAAAGUUGCAAAACUCAUUUUCUCCAAGUGAUCAGU